AUGGAGAUGGGCUACGAUCCAAGAAUGUAUAAUCCAAGAAAUGAAUACUUGAAUUUCACGUCGGUAUAUGAUGUAAAUGACACAAUCAGAUUUUCGACUCUGGACGCCAUUGUAAAAGGAUUGCUUAGAAUUGCCAUUGUUCAUGGAGUUAGAUUGGGAGCAAUAUUCAUGACGUUAAUAAUAAUGUUUAUCUCAUCAAAUACAUGGAAAAAACCCAUAUUUAUAAUUAACAUGGUGUCGUUGAUGUUAGUUAUGAUUCAUUCCGCACUUAGCUUCCAUUACCUUUUAUCGAAUUAUUCUUCAAUUUCUUAUAUACUGACAGGGUUUCCUCAGUUGAUUACAAGCAAUAAUAAACGAAUUCAAGAUGCAGCGAGUAUAGUCCAAGUUUUAUUGGUUGCUGCGAUAGAAGCAUCAUUGGUAUUUCAGAUUCAUGUUAUGUUUACGAUUGAAAACAUUAAGCUUAUUAGAGAAAUAGUACUCUCUAUAUCGAUAGCAAUGGGAUUGGCAACAGUGGCUACAUAUCUUGCUGCAGCAAUAAAGCUGAUAAGAGGACUGCAUGAUGAGGUAAUGCCACAAACACAUCUUAUUUUCAAUUUAUCUAUAAUAUUGCUUGCAUCCUCCAUAAAUUUUAUGACAUUUAUAUUGGUCAUUAAACUUUUCUUCGCUAUUAGAUCUAGAAGAUAUCUCGGUCUUCGUCAAUUCGAUGCUUUUCAUAUUUUAUUAAUCAUGUUCUGCCAGUCAUUAUUGAUACCCUCAGUAUUAUAUAUUAUAGUUUACGCGGUUGAUAGCAGAUCUAAUCAGGAUUAUCUGAUUCCAAUUGCCAAUUUAUUUGUUGUUUUAUCUUUGCCAUUAUCCUCUAUCUGGGCUAACACAUCAAAUAACUCAUCCAGAUCUCCAAAAUAUUGGAAAAACUCUCAAACGAAUAAGAGCAAUGGGUCUUUUGUCUCUUCAAUAUCUGUCAAUAGUGACUCACAAAACCCUUUGUACAAAAAGAUUGUACGUUUUACAUCAAAAGGCGACACUACCCGUAGUAUUGUAAGUGAUUCAACAUUAGCAGAGGUGGGAAAAUACUCUAUGCAAGACGUUAGCAAUUCAAACUUUGAAUGUCGAGACCUUGAUUUUGAGAAGGUAAAACAUACUUGCGAAAAUUUUGGCAGAAUAUCUGAAACAUAUAGUGAGUUAAGUACUUUAGAUACCACUGCCCUCAAUGAGACUCGGUUGUUUUGGAAACAACAAAGUCAGUGUGACAAAUGA